AAGCCUUUCCCGGCCUGCUGCUCCCUUGACAAAUUUGUUAUUAUAUUGUACCGAUGUAUUAUUGAAGUUUUCAGUUUUAAUGUUUCAUUUACUAUGGUUUUUGUGUCAAAAUUUAUACUUAAUUCAUACGUGAUUGUAUAAAAUAUCAAAAGUGAUAUGCUUCCGUAUGUCUGUUGUGUUUGAUUGCAUAUAUUGUUAGUAAAACACUACAGGUAAUUAAAAAAAAAAAGAUAACUUAAUCGCCGGCAUAGAAGCCAUCUUGUGUCGACUAUCAAAAAUGGGUGUUGAAAAACUUUUGGAAUAUCUUGAUAGUGGAAAAAUAGAAGGCAGCUGCAUAAAUGUCAAUCUUACACAAUUGGGACAUACAAUUUCACAGCAACUUGCUAAAAAAGUGGUUAUUCGUAAAUCACAUCUGAAUAUAAACCAAAUGCAAGUAUCAAAAGCUCAGUUUAGCUUACUUGUAGAUGCAGAAUGCUGCUUAGACCGUCUCUAUGGAGGCUAUUAUUCAGAUUGGGUGUGUGGAGGACAAUGGAAUCGAAUGGUAUCAUUUUUGACAAAUUUUGUAAAUAGCUUGAGGCAGUCUAAUGUUCAUGUUGUUGUAUUUUUUAAUGGUGCUUAUGAAGAAGAGCGUUUUAGUGAAUGGACUCAAAAGCAAGAAGAAACCAGGAACAGAGUUAAUGCUGUUUUAAGACAUAUUGCUGCUAAGGGUACGCCACCACCAAAAGUAUGGUGGAUACCUCCAGUAUGUCUCAGAACGGCUGUUAAGCUUUAUUUUCACCAUUUGAAAAUUCCAGUUGUUUGUUCAGUCAAGGAUCACCACCUUGAGUUUAUUACAUAUUGUCGUCAGUAUAAGUUUCAUGGGUUGAUGGCCGACGACGCUGAAUAUUUAGCAUUUGAUCCACCCCGAUUUUUUUCUGCUCAUUCCCUUAAACUUACUAGACAACAAACAUUAGAAGCCAAAGAGUAUGUUGUAUCUCGAUUAAUUGAAGAUUUAAAAUUGAGCAAAGAUAAAUUAUGUGCUCUGCUAUCUCUCUUGGGAAAUUUUGUAUUACCGCAACAUGAACUUUUUGACUACUAUAAACGUUGUGGAAUAAACCAAAUUAUAUCUAAGGUUUCAGGAGAGGAAGUUGUAAAAAAAAUUGUAGAUUGUCUUCAAGAUUUACCAUCUAUAAAAAACAAUUUAGAUGAAAUUGCUGCUCAUAUACUUGGACAUAAAGACGAUAAACGUGUACCAAAGUUAAAGAAAAGUAUGGAAUAUUAUUUGGAUGGUGCCAAAGAAACUUUAAUCAAAAACAAGCCUAAAAGUCUAGAAAAGAACAAGAUCUUGAAAUCCAAAACAAAUAAUUAUGAAACAGUUACUGACAAAGAGUUGAACAAUUUAGGAUCUGAAAAUCUGAAAACGCAGAUGGAGAACUUGAUGUUGUAUGAUGUUAACAAUUCUGAUUCUGGUUCAAUUCCUCAUUGCCUAAAUAAUCAAAUGCCUAUAUCAUCAAAUAAAUUAAUUGAUUUCCAUAUCCCUGAAGUAACUAGAGAUGUACUGAAUACAGCGUAUGAUAGACACACGUCAGGUUUAAUGUCUACUUAUCUAUAUCACAUAUUGACAAAAGCUGAAAUAAAAUUACCUGUUGUAUUAGAAGAUGAAUUAAAUCAUGAAAUACCGAAUAUUCACAUAUUUUAUAGACAAGCUCGACAAAUGGUUUAUGGAAUUUUGUUUAAUCUCCAUCAUGCACAUUAUAUAGCCAAAUCUAACAAUAAUGUUCAAAAAGUUGAUUUACCUGUGAUUCAAGUGCGUGAAUGGAUUAGAGAUAAAACUAAUACUUACAAACGAUACCAUUUAGUAAAAGCGGAACCUUUGGGAUGGGGUGUUCCUACUGUUCAUCGUUUAUGGUUUGGAACAACGCCCGAAGAUAACAUUCGACGUCUCAGAGCAUUUUUAACUUGUAUGCGUUCUGAUACGCCACUUAUGUAUAAUACAGAUUAUGUUCCCCAACACACAUUAAUAAUUGCAUCUGUAUUAAGAUAUAUAAUGUCUUAUACAGAAAUACCAAUGCUUCAAAAGUAUGAACUUGAUGCAUUUAUAAUAACAGCUAUUGCACCAGAGUUAUCAAAAAAUGAGAAUACUCAGGAAUUGCAAGGUACUGUUAGUAUAAGAGGUGUACAGCUAGCCACACUUCUUAUGUGUGGUGUUGAAACUGCCAUGCUAGUUAAUGAUGCAUGUGGUGCUCCUGUCCCAUGGCUAAUGUCAUGUCCAUGGAUGUAUUUUGAUGGAAGACUGUUUCAAUAUCAUUUGGCUAGAGCAUCAACUGCAAGUAAACUUGAAGAUUUGUGUGAAAAUCAGUUUUCCUUAACUAUAAAAGUAGAAAAAAUGCGUCAAGCUAUAUUAGAAAAUCUUGGGGAGCGUUUUCAGUCAAUUCCACCAUAUCAAGGAGCAUUUUUGGAAACCAUUUUCAGUCAGAGAGGAGCCCUUCCUCCUCAGAUAAUAAAUAAUAAUAUUGCUCAAAGUUUGAUGACAUCAUACUCACAACCUCCUAGGCAAAAUCAAUUAGUUAAUCAAACUUCCAAUCGUUUCCGAGAUGUGCAAAGUAUCAGACAAAGAGCUGUAAUGAAACAAUCGUCUGGUGGUCAAUUAGAAGUUGCUGGUGCUGUCGUAGGAAUUUGGGGUGCAAAUUAUAGCAUGACUUCUUCUGGUAGUGCAUACAUGGGUCGAGGUGCCAUGUUGCCUUCUCAACAUAUGAUGCCACAUGCAGGAAGACCAAGUUCUUUAUAUCAACGUGAUAUAGUAUCUAGGCCAGUUUUUAGUACACGCACUUGUUCCAAAACAAUUAGAGGCCGUGGAUCUAGUCACAAAAGUCAGAGCUCAAAAAAGAAAAUAAUUCAUCCUUUUAUCAAGAGAGAUAAUAAUGUGAAAAAGGUUACUUCAAAGGGUCGUGGAGUAACUACAGUUGCCCCAGAUACAGGGGAAACAAUUUUAGCAUCACAAUUAAUAAAAGAAUCCAAAUUGUCCAUAUUAAAUAAAGAUAAUGAGGAUAUUAAGAAUAAUGGUGCUGUAUCAUUUACAAAUGGAAAUUCUUUAGUAGAAGAACAGUUUGAAGAUGCAUCACCAAUAGAAAAUGGGAUAUCUAAUUCUCCAUCUGAAGAUGUAUCAUCAACAUUUAUACAAAAACCGUCCAUAAUAGAUAACUGAUUUUUCACAGUAAAAUAAAUGAUUUUUCAAAAAAUCAUUAUACCAAUUGCUCGUACAUAUGACUUUUGUAAGUACAUGUUAUUACUAAAGUUAAUAAUUAACUUAUUAUUACUACAUCUAUACAUAUAUGUAUGUAUAUAAUUAUUAUUUUUGUAAAUAUAUUUUUUUUUUUUAUUGAUAGA